UCCCUUGAUUCGUCAGUGUCCACUAUCCACUAUUAGUUUUACUAACAUUUUCCUAAAACGCUGUUUACUGUGUAAGAACUAACGUCGUCUUCUUCAGCUAAUUUUUCCAAUUCGUUUCCCCCAAAAUUUUGCAACCUUUCAGAUUAUUUAGGUUAUGCCGCCAUUGCAGAAUUCAAGAAUUUGAAGCGCAAAAAACAGCAUAUCCUAACAAUGGCGGCUAUUUGCGAGGAGAGAAUCAACAGUCUCAUAGACUCGGUAACUUUCGCCAUUGAUACUCCUUCAAAGCUCGAAAGUCUGCAUCAACUUAAGCAAGAAUUGUUGCGAGUAGCAGCAGCAGAAGAUACUACUGUAUAUUUCUCUGAAUUCAUCCCUUCCUUGUUAAUCCUCUUCUCCGAUUGUUUUAGUCCUGUUCGCAAAUGCGUUACUGAGGUAAUUGGUGAAAUUGGGUUGAGGCAUUUGGAGGUUUUACCUGAAACUACACCCGCACUGUUGACUGUCAUCGAUGAUGAUACUUCAGCAGUGGCUCGGCAAGCCAUCACAUCUGGCACUAAUAUAUUUUGCCGUACCCUGGAGAGGAUUGCAAUUGAGGGACUGCAUGCAAGCAAAUUGGAUAGUUCACUUGAGUCAGCUUGGGAAUGGAUGGUGAAGUUGAAGGAAAAGAUAUAUUCAAUAGCUUUUGAGCCUGGAAGUGAUGGAAGGCGUUUAUUGGCUCUUAAAUUUGUUGCAGCCAUCAUUCUUAUAUAUACACCGGACCCCAAUGGCAGUACUGAGCUGCCAACUCAUCUAAUUGGUGAUGGUUCUGAUUUAGCUGCAGGUAAGGACGUGGGGUUCAAUAUUUCAUGGCUUCGUAGAGGUCAUCCUAUUUUGAAGCUUGGAGAUCUGUCUAUUGAAGCAAGUCAAAGCUUGGGAUUAUUGCUUGAUCAGCUUCGUGUCCCCAUUGUGAAAUCUCUUAGCACCUCAAUGGUUGUUGUGCUCAUUAAUUGUUUGUCAGCCAUUGCUGUGAAGAGGCCAUCCUUCUAUGGACGAAUUCUUCCAGUGCUAUUAGGUCUGGAUCCCUCCAAUUCUGUUAUCAAGGGGCUGCAUGCUUAUGGAGUCCAAAAUGCUUUGAAGAAUGCGUUUCUCUCUUGCUUGAAGCGUACACACCCAAGUGCUACUCCAUGGCGUGAUCGUUUAGUUAGUGCUCUGAGGGAAAUGAAUGCUGGGGAUUUGGCAGAAAGAGCCCUUGAAGGAGUGUGCAAUAUUAACGGAAAUCUAAAGGAGAAAAAGGUUGAGUCAGUUGCUGUCAAGGAGGAGCCGUCUCUUGAAGUCCAUGAUCCAGUGCAUAAUAAGGUGGGUCGCAAAAGAUCCAGUGAUCUGGAAGUUGGUGACAGGAAUGAAGAUGACGAUACACCUGGAAAACGGGCUAGAUCUAUGGGCAGUGUAUCAGACGAAUUGGCAGAUAAGUCAGGUGCUCUUCGUACAGCUGUUGAAGUUCAGUCUGUAACAACUGAGCAGGAAAGUAUAUCUAAUGAAGAUGAUCUGGGGCCCGUGAAGGAACUAAUAGGGCUUUUUGGUGCCUUGGUCGCUCAAGGUAAAAAGGCUGCUCCAUCUUUGGAGGCUCUUAUAUCAGCUAUCUCUGCUGACUUGCUUUCGGAAGUGGUUAUAGCUAAUUUGAGAAACCUUCCUUCUACUUGCCCGAAAGCUGAGAGUGAUGAAGAUUCUCAAGCAAAUAUGAAUUUGCGUCAAAAUAAAGUCGAUACAGAUACUUCCUUCGAGCAACUUUCUUCAUUUUUGACAAAUGCCUUCCACUGUAUCGGUCACAUAUCCUCGUCAGUGGAUGUCAAACCAUCAGUGUCACAUGACAUUGAGUGUCCACAUCUAGAGGAAUCUCAUGCUGUGGAUGUUGCUGACAACAAUGUGACAUGUACUACGUUAAGAACAUCGCCUGAGCUCAUUGAUUCAGAUAUGCCAUGUGCUUUCGCUUCUGGUAAUGUUUCGGAAAUACCCAAGGGAUCAGUUGCUGCCUGUGAGUUUCAAGAUUUGGGACCUACAGAUACUUUGAUUCCAGGCUUAGAUAAUGCUCCUAGUGAUGGAUUGUUCGAUAUUGUUGCUUCUUCGUCAUUGGCUUCCACAGAUCGGGAUGAUUGCAGCCAGGAUCAAAAUACCAGUUUUGGGAAAAGAUCUAUGACAGAAUCGCUUCCAUCAGUGUCAAAUGAGAGGUCUGAGGAACUUAGCUCUAAAACUGCUGCAGUGGAUGCAAACAUAGGGAUGACCUCAACAGCGACUUCCGUAGGUCCAGUUCACCUGUUUGUCUUGCCUAAGAUGUCAGCACCUGUAGUAGACCUUUCUAGUGAAGACAAGGAUACACUUCAAAAGCUGGUUUUUUUGCGCAUUGUGGAAGCCUACAAGCAGGUUGCUGUUUCUGGAGGUUCACAGCUUCGAUUCUCCUUACUAUCUUAUUUGGGAGUUCAGCUCUCGUUGGACCUUGACCUUUGGACAUGUCUACAGACGCACAUAUUGUCAGAUUACACAAAUCACGAGGGACACGAGUUGACAUUACGUGUCCUCUACCGGUUGUAUGGAGAAGCGGAAGAAGAGCGUGACUUUUUUUCUUCGACAACUGCCACUUCUGUAUAUGAAACUUUUCUUCUAAAAGUGGCAGAAACACUAAGGGAUUCUUUUCCGGCGUCGGACAAAUCCCUAAGCCGGUUGUUCAGUGAAGUUCCAUAUCUGCCGAAAUCGAGUCUUAAAUUAUUAGAAUCCUUGUGUUCACCUGAGAUUGGAGAUAAAGAUGAAAAAGAAUUGCACAAUGGAGACCGGGUAACUCAAGGUCUAAGUGCUGUUUGGAGCUUGAUAUUGCAAAGGCCAACACUGCGUGAUGUUCUGCUAAAAAUUGCUUUACAGAGUGCAAUUCAUCAUGUGGACGAAGUUCGUAUGAAGGCAAUACGUCUGGUUGCAAAUAAGUUGUAUCCUUUACCAUCAAUUGCCCUGCAAAUAGAAGAAUUUGCCAAGGAGAAGCUGCUUUCUGUGGUGGAUACCCAUAGCGCAGAUGCUGCUGACACUGAAAAACCUAUUACUCAAAUACAAAAGAAUUCUGAAAUAGUCUUGGCUGCGAAAGAUCAGGCAACCGGGGAAAUAAUGGUCACAGAUUCCUCUGCUCAUACAUCCCAAUCUCGCACGCUUGGAAGCCUUGCAAGUACAUCUGUAUCUGAGUCACAACGAUGCAUGUCACUGUAUUUUGCCCUAUGUACAAAGAAACAUGCUCUACUUCGUCAAAUAUUUAUCAUCUACAAAAGCUCACCGGAGUCAGUGAAACAGGCAGUUCAUAGCCAUAUGCCUAUUCUUAUUCGGACAAUGGGCACAUCACCACCCCUUCUUGAGAUUAUCUCUGAUGCUCCUGAUGGAAGUGAGAAUCUUCUGAUACAGGUUCUGCAUACUCUCACAGAUGGUCGAGUUCCAUCUGCGGAAUUGAUUUUUACGAUUAAGAAUCUCUAUGAGACAAAAUUAAAGGAUAUAGAGAUUCUGUUUCCAAUAUUGCCUUUCCUGCCAAAAGAGGAGGUGUUGAGGAUCUUCCCUCAUGCUGUUAAUCUCCCCCAAGACAAGUUCCAGGCUGCUCUUACACGCUUGCUGCAGGGGCCAUCCCCUUCUGGUCCUGUGUUAACUCCGCCAGAAGUGCUAAUUGCCAUCCACAGCAUAGAUCCUGAUAAAGAUGGGAUCCCUUUGAAGAAGGUGACUGAUGCAUGUAAUGCUUGUUUUGAGCAAAGACAAAUGUUUACGCAGCAAGUGAUUGCUAAGGUUCUGAAUCAGCUGGUUGAACAGAUCCCCCUUCCAUUAUUGUUCAUGAGAACAGUGCUUCAAGCAAUUGGUGCUUUUCCAGCUUUGGUGGACUUCAUAAUGGAGAUUCUUUUUCGACUUGUAAACAAGCAGAUAUGGAAAUACCCAAAGUUAUGGGUUGGGUUUCUCAAAUGUGCACAGUUGACACAGCCUCAUUCUUUUAAUGUGUUGCUCCAGCUACCACUAGCUCAGCUUGAAGGUGCUCUAAAUAAAAUACCAGCUUUGAAAGCACCGCUUGCUGCUCAUGCAAACCAACAGAAUUUAAAAUCUACACUCCCAAGGUCUAUACUUGUGGUACUUGGCAUCGCCUCUGAUUCUCAAGCUGCAAGUCAGUCGCAAUCGGGACAACCUGAGGCCGGGGAUGCCGGCAGCUCUGAGAAGGAUGUCAUCACAGAGAAAAGUAAAGAAUCAUCUGGUGGAACCUAACAUAACUUGUGAAAUUGCAUGUAAUAAGCCAACUUUAAUCUUUUAAUUCAAGCUACUGUCUUUGUUUUCUGUCACGAAUUCAGCUGUUUCGUCAGGAUCUUUUACUACAUUCCUCAUUGAUUCUGAGAA